AUGGCUCGGGAAAUUGACUUGGAAAAACAAAAGAAGAAACGGAUUUCGCGCCACAACGAAAAACUGCAGUGGAAACUGAAAAAGAGCACUGAAGUGGCUAAUCAUUUAGCUGUUUCAACAAAGAGAUUGAGCCAAACACCGCAAGACCUUGCAGCUAUGAGAGAGGCACAAAACAACUAUCAGAAACUAUGCAGCAGGGAGAGCUCGAAUUCGGAAAACAGCGGUGACGAGGACACGAUGACUAGCCAACUGGUAGAGGUAGACUCGGAGGCGCAGGCCCGGAUACUGAGAGUGAUGAAGAAGAACGAUUCGCUGUCGUACGUGUUCGAGGUGGAAGAGGAACCGUCGGAGAUCGCCACUCGGCCGGUGCGCCGGGCCAGCAGUCUGCGGUCGGUGGGCAAGUCACGGACGCGUGCGCGCGGACCGGCUGGCGGCGAGAAGCGGUCCCGGGCCAGCUCGCAGUCGGACUGCGGGUCGUCCGACAAGUCGGUGGAACUGGACUCGGCGCUCACCCGGAAUCUGGACGAACUGUUCGCGCCCGGCCCGAAUGACCGGUACCUGAGCGGCUGUUUCACGUGCAGCUCGGACUCCUCCAACUCGUCGCCGGAGCACCACCUCCACAACGUGGUGCAGACCUACGAACAGAACCACGGUCCGUCCUAUGUACAGAUGGUCGCCGAGCAGACCGGCGGUGGUGAUAAGGCCCAGGGCGGUGGGCUGACCAUCGUCUGA